GGUGAUGUUAAACUGCUGGAAAUACGAAAGCGCCAGCCGGCCACACUUUGUGAAGCUCUACCAAACAAUGGAUACAUAUAUUAAAACAAAGACAUAUGUAGAUAUCUUUGACGAUGACAAGUAUGAUCAGGAUAAGUACAACUCUGUCGAUGACCGUGGAGCUGUUGCAAACCCAGAAGAUGCAGGACCGGACGAGCUAGGAGCAGCUGCAGCAAAUCCCAUCGGUGAAGUGGGUGAACACGGUGCUACGGCACAUCCCUUUCUGGUUGCAGUGGACGAUGAUGCUACAGCUUUCCCUCUUGGAAUUAACGUAGGAGACGAAGGAGCACCUGCAACAGAUCCCGACCGUGAAGUGGGUGAACACGGUGCUACGGCACAUCCCUUUGUGAUUGCAAUAAACGAUGGUGCUCAAGCUUUCCCUUUCGCUAUUAACGUACCAGAGAAAGGGGCAGCUGCAGCAAAUCUCGCCCAUGAAGUGGGUAAGCACGCUGCUGCUGCACAUCCCUUUGUGGUUGCAAUUGACGAUGGUGCUACAGCCUUCCCCUUCGCUAUUAACUUACAAGACAAAGAGGCAGCUACAGGAAAUCUAGCCCGUGAGGUGGGUAAGCACGGUGCUACGGCACAUCCCUCUAUGGUUGGAAUUGACGAUGGUGCUACAGCUUUCCCUCUCGGAAUCAAAGUAGGAGAAGAAGGUUGCGCAGCAUACCCUUUUGAGAGUGAUAAGAAAGAUAUGGAUGCCCCAGCUUACCCUUUGGAGAGCGAUACUUUACCAUACCUUAGCGAGAACGAGGAAGAAGAUGUUGAUGACUCCGAGUGCCCUCUUGCGAUUGAGGAAGAAGAAAUUGAUGACUCCGAGUGCCCUCUUGCGAUUGAGGAAGAAGAAAUUGAUCCUUUACCAUCCUCCCUGGUGAUGGACGAAAACGGUCUAGCUGCUUCAGCAUGUCCCCUUGUGACUGACGAAGAAAAUUCUGAUUCUUUAGCAUGCCCCCUUGUGGUUGAGGAAGAAGAUUCCAAUAACUCAGCAUGCUCCCCUGUACCUGGGGAAGAAGAUUUGGAAGCCACAGGAUACCUUUCUGUUACUGAAAAAGAAGAUCCUACCUCUUUUGCACACUCCGCAAAUGAGGUGAACAAACCCGAUGCCUCACCAUUCCCUUGUGUGAUCGAGGAAGAAGAUCUUGAUUCUUUAGAAUACAAUCCUCUGAUCGAAAAAGAAGGCCUCAGUGAUUCCGUCUUCCCUCCACAAACCCCGACUGAUGACGAAGAAGGUGUAACAAGUGAACCUGAAAAUAACGUUGGUUAUGAAGGUGCUGUAGCAUUUCAAUCUGAAAAGGAGGCAGUAGAAGAAGAACCUAAGACUUGCCAACUAGAGAACACGAAGGAUGAACAAGACGAUCUAGGAAACAAUAUGGACGACCAAAGUGAUGCUGUAGACCUUCUUGAAGGGGAGGCUGGCGCACAAGAGUAUGAUGGUAAUCAACUUACUGUUGCGGAUACAGACGAAACUGGAAGUGACGAAGACGAGGAGUCAUCUGAAGCAACUCCUCUUGUGCAGGACUGAGGCUAAAUAGCAGAAUUGCUGAACCUCUAAGGUUGUAGUCUUGUAGCACUCUGUGGUAAUUUGUAGUUUAGAUUUCGAGAACUUCGGCCUCAAUAUUUCAUAGCUUCUGAUUUUAAGACGUAGGUUGUAUCGUACUUUUACUUUAGUAAUGCUUUGGUAGUGACGAUAACCAUUUUCAUAGUUUACAAAUGGAGGUUAAGUGGAAUUUCCUAGAAAGAAAAACAUGUUUAUUUACUUCACUUUUGCAUUUCUUAGUUUACCGUUUAUUCACUCGGUGCAAUUGUCAGUGCUUUGUUGAUGUUAUUGACUGUAGGCUGAUAGAGACAAAAAAAAAAAAAAAAAAAAAGGAAUUGCUAUUAAGAUAAUUUUUAUAACUGAUCAAGUCAGAAA